AUGAAUUUUUGCAUCUUGUUUCUUGCAGCACUCGCAGUUGCCAUCUGUCAGGCAGCUCCCGCAUCCAACACCAAGCACACGUACAACUGCACCGUGUACAGCAAGCACAAUCUCAAGUGGCACUCGUACGAAAACGGCGACUAUGGCUUCUUGUCCGUCUCGAAUCGCAAAGAUGACCAGGGUCGCCCAAUUCUGACCAAGAUCGACAAGAACGGGAGUCCUGCCAAUCCAGUCAAGUUUGUGCGCACCGUCUGCGAUCCACCGGAGGGUACAAAGGGAUACAUGGGCAUUGGGAAAGGUGCUAAGCCCAACGGUGCUACCUACGGUCAUCUCGCACUGGAAAGCGACCAGUCUAAGUGUGUCACAGCUACUGGCCUCGAGAAGAAGGGAAUCAACUUUGUGCUGGACAAGUGCCACAAGCAGAAUUCUGCCGUUCAGCUCAAGCAGUUCUUUGGCGAGUCGGUGAAUGGAAUCACACUUGGCUUCAUGGGGCAAAAGUACGCCAUGCAGGACAAGAACUAUGAGAUGCACUUUUCCGAUGAUUCGGCCAGCACGGUCGAAAUCGACUUUAUUGGCUCCAAGCAGCCAAACAGUACCAUUUACUUUUACUGGGAAAAGUUCCCCGACCAGUAG